AUGUCCUAUCCGGGUGCUCCAGGCUCGAACUCGUCGCUUCCACCGCGCCCACCUCCCUCCAAGAUCUCCGGCUUCAAGCCCGCCUUCUCCGCAACAGCGACACCGCCGACGCACACCCCAAGUUCCGGCGCCCGAGGCACCCCCUACGCAGCCCCGCCCUCGUACUCCAGUGCGCCCAGCUAUGCAGGCGCACCCGCACACUAUGGCGCUCCGCCGUCCACCUACCAGCCCUACGCGCCGCCUCCGAUGAGCAGCGGCCCAGGCAACAGCUAUUCAUCACAACCCGCAUACCCCUCGUACCCGCAGCAGGGUGGCGGCUACGCUCAACAAGACUACUAUGGCGCGCAGGCAGCAGCAUCGGCCAACAGCGGCGCACCGGCCUCGUACUCCGCCGCGCCCCAAAUCCGCAACCCCUUCCCGGCGCCCGAUCAGGCUAGAACCGAUGAUUACGAUCCGGACAUGGCGGCGCAGAUUGCGCAGUGGCAGAGUGCAUACUCAAAAGACUCCAAGGAUGCCGGCAGCGCAGCCCCGGCAGGAGCAGGAGGUCUGGGGAGGGCACCAGGAAUAAAUGGUGCCGUCGCGACCGGUGCUAACGGCACAACCGCGUAUUCAGCUGAAGCUGCCAACCGUCUGUCGGAAGUGGCGGCCAACGCAGCAGCGGCCGUGGCCAGCGGUGACAAGAAGAAGACAGUGGUGCGCGCCGGCGGCGGACAGAAGUGGACAGAUGACACGCUACUGGAGUGGGACCCAGCGCACCUACGGCUGUUCGUCGGCAACCUGGCGGGCGAGACCACGGACGAGAGUUUGUACAAGGCCUUCUCGCGGUGGAAGUCGCUGCAAAAGGCGCGCGUGAUCCGCGACAAGGUGACGAGCAAGUCCAAGGGCUUCGGUUUUGUGUCUUUCAGCGACCCGGACGAGUUCUUCUCGGCCGCUAAGGAGAUGAACGGCAAGUACAUCCAGAGUCACCCCGUCGUCGUGCGCAAGAGCACCACCGAGAUCAAGCCCCAGACCGUCAAGGAUAAACGCCACCCCAAUAACAAGUACAACAAGAAUAAGAACAAGAACAAGAACCGCAGCGGAAACGGCUCAGGGGGCGGCGAUGCUGGGGGACGGGAGGAGGGCUUUGAGCCGAGUCUGGGACCCCAGGGUGGGGGAAUCACCAAGCCCGGCCAGAAGACGAAGGGUGGGCUGAAGUUGCUGGGUUGA